AGAGCGCACGGCGCCCAUUCAUGAUCCAGCGAACGGGGCCGGUGACCAGUAAAGCGGGACCGGUGCCCUGUAAAGCGGCGCCGGUACCGCCGUUAUGGAGACGUCGGGGCAUCUCCACGAUUCGGGCGUGGGGGACUUGGAGGAGGAUGGUCGGUGUCCCUGCCCGCUACCGGGGGAUGAACGGUCACCGCCGCCGCCCUCCGCGCUGCCGCCGCUUCAACACAGCCUGUUGCACUCCUCGCCCGGGUCGUUACGGGCCCCUCCUCCUCCUCCCGCCGCCCCCGCCGCCCUCCACCCUUCCUCCCGCCACGGCAGCCAGCUCAACCUCGGCGACCACCCAGCGGGCUCUGGGGUGGCGAGUGGCAAACAUCGGCAGCCCAGCCCCUUGGUCCAUCGGCGGGACAGCAACCCCUUCACCGAGAUUGCCAUGAGCUCCUGCAAGUACAGCGGAGGGGUGAUGAAGCCCCUCAGCCGGCUCAGCGCAUCCCGACGGAACCUUAUCGAGGCUGAGCCAGAGGCACAACCCCUGCAGCUCUUCGGUGCCGGUGGACCUCCGGAGAUCGUUGUCUCGCGUGAGGACAACCACGCGCCCACCACCCACUGUCCCACCCGCCCGCCCGCCCGCCCGGCCCCCUCCACCUUCGCCAAGGGGCCCAAGCGCAAGGCACAAAACAUCGGCUACCGGCUCGGGCACCGCCGGGCGCUCUUCGAGAAGAGGAAGCGCCUCAGUGACUACGCGCUCAUCUUCGGCAUGUUCGGCAUCGUUGUCAUGGUCAUCGAGACCGAGCUCUCCUGGGGGCUCUACUCCAAGAGAGGGGAAGGCAUCGGCACCCGCGCCAGCACCCAUGGGCGUCAGAGGGACAGUGCUGCCGAGGGGGCUGGGGGGCAGCCAGCGGGGGUCCCUGUGCCACAGUGCCACCGGUGGAGGGGAAGGAGCAAGGACUCCAUGUUCUCCCUGGCCCUGAAAUGCCUUAUUAGCCUCUCCACCGUCAUCCUGCUGGGCCUCAUCAUUGCCUACCACACACGGGAGGUGCAGCUCUUUGUGAUCGACAACGGAGCCGACGACUGGCGGAUAGCGAUGACCUACGAGCGCAUCCUCUACAUCAGCCUGGAGAUGCUGGUUUGUGCCAUACACCCCAUCCCCGGGGAGUACAAAUUUUUCUGGACAGCCCGCCUGGCUUUCUCCUACACACCCUCUCGGGCAGAGGCGGACGUGGACAUCAUCCUGUCCAUCCCCAUGUUCCUGCGCCUCUACCUGAUUGCUCGGGUGAUGCUGCUGCACAGCAAGCUCUUCACCGACGCCUCCUCACGCAGCAUCGGGGCCCUCAACAAGAUCAACUUCAACACCCGCUUCGUCAUGAAGACGCUCAUGACCAUCUGCCCCGGGACGGUGCUGUUGGUCUUCAGCAUUUCCCUUUGGAUCAUCGCUGCGUGGACAGUCCGCGUGUGCGAGAGGUACCACGACCAGCAGGAUGUAACCAGCAACUUCCUGGGUGCCAUGUGGCUCAUCUCCAUCACCUUCCUGUCCAUUGGCUAUGGUGACAUGGUCCCACACACCUACUGUGGGAAGGGGGUCUGCCUCCUCACUGGCAUCAUGGGUGCUGGCUGCACGGCACUGGUGGUGGCUGUGGUGGCCAGGAAGCUGGAGCUCACCAAAGCUGAGAAGCACGUCCACAACUUCAUGAUGGACACGCAGCUGACGAAGCGGAUCAAGAACGCGGCAGCCAACGUCCUGCGGGAAACGUGGCUCAUCUACAAGCACACCAAGCUGCUGAAGAAGAUCGACCAUGCCAAAGUCAGGAAGCACCAGAGGAAGUUCCUACAAGCCAUUCACCAGUUGCGGAGUGUGAAGAUGGAGCAGAGGAAGCUGAGUGACCAAGCCAACACCCUUGUUGACCUCUCAAAGAUGCAGAACGUGAUGUAUGACCUCAUCACCGAGCUCAACGACCGCAGCGAGGACCUGGAGAAGCAGAUCAGUGGCCUGGAAUCCAAGCUGGAGCAGCUCAGUGCCAGUUUCAACUCCCUGCCACUGCUGAUGGCUGACAUGCUGCGGCAGCAGCAGCAGCGUCUGCUCACCGCCGUGCUGGAGGCGCGGGGGGUCGGGGUGCCAGGGGGCACCCCCCAAACGCCUCUCUCUGAGAGCCCCAUCGGUGUCAGCUCCACCUCCUUCCCCACCCCUUACACGAGCUCAAGCAGCUGCUAAAACGCAGCCCCUCAGCCCCCCGUGGACAGGGGAAGCAAUUUCCAUGCAGGCCACGAGGUCUCCGUGAACUUCCUUCUGGUCCUUGAACCGCUGCAGGGCCCUUCAGCCGGAGCCGGUGGGACCAGCAGUGCCGAGCAACGCUUGGAGCUUUGCCAACGCCUUGGUAUCGGGAAUCGCAUCCCUGUUCAGGUGCCUCUACUCGUGGUGAAGGAAAGGGGAACGGGAGGUGACGCCUCGGGCCGGCCCACGCCGCGGCGUCUGGUGGCGGACGGGAAACCCACGCUCAAUCUCAGGUCUUCACAUUUGAAAACAAAACAGAACAUCAAGUCAGAAGCACUGAAGCAACGGAGACACCAGAGGGAGAGUUUUUCUCUGCAGGGCACUCCCCUCUCACCAUCGCCAAGCCCCGCCAGGCAGAUGCCAACGUGGGGGCUCCUUACGCAGGCUCUGGCUGACGCUGCCCACGCUCCAUCCCAUGUCCUUGCCAGGACCCACAGGAACCCCCCCUCACAUUGCCAGCUGGGUGACAGUUCCUGGCUGUAACCUACCCGGGGGGUUGGUUCUCUGGAGCUGUGAAUGUUUUCUGUCUGAGGAAGAACAAGGGACCCUUCUUUCUGGUCCUCAGUGUCAUCCCCUGCCUGUGCCAGAGCCGGGACAGCAGUGCCUACAGCGUGCAGGGGGCUGCCCC